CUUUUUCCCCCAAAAUUUAUUCCUUUUUAAUUACACAGGCCAGUCGUCUUCUUCGUCAUCCUCGAUCAGCGAGAGAAUAUAAUUUGCUUCUCUCUCUCUAUCGCUCGCGGUUGCUCAGGCAAGCUGAGAGCUUAAUUCAGAGGCAUCAUGUUCACAGCGAUGCAUCGCAUCCUCAGCAGGGGGAGGAGGACACCUGCAGCUUCGUCUUCCUCCGUCACUGCCUUCGCCACCGCCUCCGAUUCACAGAGGUUGGCCGGGAAGGUCGCCGUCAUCACCGGCGGCGCCAGCGGCAUCGGCAGGGCGACGGCGGAGGAGUUCGUCAGGAAUGGCGCCAAGGUCAUCCUCGCCGAUGUGCAGGACGACCUGGGACACGCCGUCGCCGCGGAGCUCGGCGCGGACGCGGCGUCGUACGCGCGCUGCGACGUCACCGACGAGGCGCAGGUCGCGGCCGCCGUGGACCUCGCCGUGGCACGGCACGGGCGUCUCGACGUCGUCUUCAACAACGCCGGCAUCCCCGGUGACCUCACGCCGACCCCCGUGGGCGCGCUGGACCUCGCUGACUUCGACCGCGUGAUGGCGGUGAACACCAGGGCGGUGGUGGCGGGCGUCAAGCACGCCGCGCGCGUCAUGGUGCCGCGCCGCCGCGGCAGCAUCAUCUGCACGGCGAGCACGGCGGGGGUGAUCGGUGGCGUGGCGGUCCCGCACUACAGCGUGUCCAAGGCCGCGGUGCUCGGGCUGGUGCGCGCCGUGGCGGGCGAGAUGGCGCGCUCCGGCGUGCGCGUGAACGCCAUCUCCCCCAACUACAUCUGGACGCCCAUGGCGGCGGUCGCCUUCGCAAGGUGGUACCCCAGCCGGAGCGCCGACGACCACCGCCGGAUCGUGGAGAAUGACAUAAACGAGAUGGAUGGCGUGACACUGGAGGCCGAGGACGUGGCAAGGGCGGCGGUGUUCCUCGCCUCCGACGAGGCUAAGUACGUGAACGGGCACAACCUCGUUGUCGACGGCGGGUACACCGUCGGCAAGGUGCCCAACAUGCCGGUCCCAGAUGGCCAUUGAUAAUGUACCACGGUUGAUGAAUAAUAAUGUUGGUGAUGUGUACACAAUUCGUAGUAUUAACUCUGUUUCAUACUGUAAGUUCGUUUGGACUCUUUUUAAUCAAACUUCUUUAUGUUUAA